CCCCGGAGAAAAGCGAAAAUCAGCAUCAGUGUCAUUCAAGGGUUGGAAGAGAAAGUACUGGCAUUUUAGCAGCGAAUAUUCUUGAGUGGUCCUCCGUUUCUCUUCCUUCUGAGGAUGAGGAUCAACACGCCCACAGGGCAGGUGGCAGUGGGCGUGGGGGUCGGUGUGGGCGCCCUGGUGGCCUGGUGGGCGUGGCGUCGGGCAGCGGCCAAUCAGCUCCCGACGAAAUGGGAAGAAGUGGGCGUGGUUUCGAAGCUAAAUGUUUACCCCCUGAAGUCAGGUCGGCCAGUCUCCGUCUCCGAGGCAGACGCGACGGAACAAGGGCUGUCUGCGGACGGCGCUCUUGACAGGUCAUUCCUGGUCAUGAAGAAGGACGGGCCGCUGCUGACAGGUCGCCAGGUUCCCAAGCUGACCCGAGUCACCAUCAGCUUCGAAGGUCAUAAGGUGACUUUCGAGAGCCCGGACAACCCAGCUGGGCCGAUCGAGGUUGACCUUGAGCUGGUGGCCAAGGAGGCGAAGGUGGUUGAGCUUGUCGUCUUCGGGGCCAACGCCAAAGGACUCGACUGCGGCGACGAGGUGGCUGCGUGGAUGAGCCAAGCUGUCUCGGCAGGAGAGACCCCAGUUCGACUCCUGUACAACGGCGAGGACCCCCUGACCCAGCGCUGCGCCAGGCGGGCUCCUUACUACGACUUCAAACAUAUCCGGGACUCCGAUAAGGUGACUUACGCCGACACGUGCGCAUACAUGCUGGCCUCAGAAUCUUCACUUGCCGACCUGAACGCCCGCUUGGCCGAACCUGUCACGAUCGACUGGUUCCGUGCCAACGUUGUGGUCCAGGGCUCGGCGGCAUAUGACGAGGACGACUGGGCCUUCGUCAGGUUCGGAGGGGAAGGCGAAGAAAGCGUGGUGCUGAGGAGGUUGAAGCCUUGUGAUCGGUGCAUAUUCACGACUGUAGAUCCUUACAAAGGUUGCAAGACAGCUGAUCAGGAACCUAUGGCAACUCUGAGGAAGUACCGGCUCUUGGACGGCCCAGAACAGCUCGCCAAAGCGUGGUCCAUCAAGCCAGUGUUCGGCUCCCACAUGGGCAUCGACGUGUGCGGGAAGGUCAAGGUCGGGGACAAGGUUUGGGUGGCCAGAGCCUCGUCCAACCCCAAGUGGCACUUCUAAGGAACCGCAGAGGUGGCGCUCUCGAGGUGGCACUCUUGGGGACGUAAUGGGGUGAACCACUGCGACUGGAGGAACAGCAAGUGUAGCUGUAUAUUUAGGUUCUCUGUAACUCGACGGAUAGAUGGCUGAGUGGCUGCUUUUUAUUUUCAUUUUUGUUUAUUUAUUUAUUUGUUAUUGAUUUUGUUAGAGAGAGAGAGAGAGAGAGAGAGAGGGCGUGGAAGGGGUAGCUUUGAGUGCGUAGUACUGGUGGUCUUGGAGAGAACUUGAAAAUAUAGUUUCACUUGGCUAAAUAGCUAGUUUUCUGCCUUUGAUCCAUUUGUAGAGGGAAGGUGGAUGGGAAACAUUGAAACUCUGAUAAAAGUGUAGAUUUAGAUAUAUUUUACUGUGUAAUUUUCCACAAAGGCAUCACAAGCAAUCUUUUGACCUGCAACGGAAAAUUGAAUAAAUACAAAUGUUGCAACAUCCUUCCCAGAGAACAUUAGGCGCCAUGAAGGGAACUGGGAUUGAGAACAUCACCCAAACAAAAAUAAACAAAAAGAAAACAAAAAAUUUUCCCCUCAUAAUAUAACCACAACCGAUGGCUGGCUGUACCUCAAUCCCUUUCGAUAAGAAACUCGGCGCUAUCUGUGAUUAAUUUUUCCCUCUUUUUUCUUAUAGCUGUUAACAUUUUUUUUUGUUCUUUCGUGUUUUAUUUGGAGAUGGAUGCCUUCUAUAGUGUCUGUUGUUGCUGUAAAGCUGUAAUGUCAUUGUUACCUUUCAAUAAAGAGAAAAACAGGC